CAGUGAACUACAGUACUGUCAACAGCGCGGUGAAUCAGCUUCUUCUUUGUCCUCCGGGGAGUUUUACGAUGAAACAACAACCGUAAACGGGACCGUGUGUCCACGCCGUUACAUGCGGGGGUUUGAAUUCACCGGGACGCCUGUGGACAGAAUUUGAGAAGCUUGAAUCUGACCUGAAGCUGAAACAUCCCUCACACAUUAAUUCCUUCUUUCACAAUGAAGACGGACGUCGCUUACAUCCAGCUGGUGGACAUGGAGAGGAGGAGGCAAGAGGCCAUCCGGAAAGCACAGAUAAACUGCAGGUGUGUGAUGGCUCUGGUCACUGUUGCCGCUGCGCUGUUGGCCGCCACGGCCCUCUACAUCGUCCUGACACCAAAGGUCUCCUCCCCCCAUCCGGCCCCCAGCAGCAGCCCCCAUCCACCCCAGAGAGAGUCCUGCUCAGACCCCUGCAAGUUUGUUUUGGUGGAGAGCAUCCCUGCAGGUCUGAAGUUUAACUCCAGCACCACUCACCCAUCCAUCUUCAACGCCUGGCUCAGUCUGAUGGGCGAAGCCCGCAGCAGUAUCGACAUCGCCUCCUUCUAUUGGUCGCUCACUAAUGAAGACACCGGCACUCACGAGCCAACAGCCAAUCAGGGCGAGACCAUUCUGAGCACACUGGCCGACCUCUCCGGGAAGCUGUCUGUUCGUAUUGCAGUAAACACACCACAGCAGAGUCAACCGCAAGGAGACCUCCAACUGCUCACCGACUCAGGAGCUGAUAUCAGGGCCGUUAACAUGAGAGAGCUCACCUCAGGAGUCCUCCACACAAAGUUCUGGGUCGUGGACAAGACACACAUUUACAUCGGCAGCGCCAACAUGGACUGGAGAGCCCUCACACAGGUGAAGGAGCUCGGCGCGGUGGUCUACAACUGCAGCUGCUUGGCAGCGGACCUGGGGAAGAUCUUCGAAGCUUAUUGGCUCCUGGGGGACAGUCAGUCGAUCCCGUCGCCUUGGCCCAGCAGCUUCGCCACCCUCUACAACAAGGACACGCCCCUCCAGCUGGCGCUCAACAGCACGCCGUCCAGCGUCUACCUGUCGAGUUCCCCUCCGUCCUUCUGUGCAGCCGGCAGGACGUCAGACAUUCAGUCCAUCCUCAGCGUGAUGGAGGACGCCGAGAGCUUCAUCUACAUCGCUGUCAUGAACUACCUGCCCACCAUGGAGUUCUCCCAUCCUAAAAGGUACUGGGCCGACAUCGACAACCAGCUGAGGCGAGUCGGGUACGAGAAGCGGGUCAAGGUGCGCCUGCUGAUCAGCUGCUGGUCCAGCACCAAUCCGGUCAUGUUUGCCUUCCUGAAGUCUCUGGCCUCAAUGUACAACCCCAAGAGCGGGCUGGACAUCCAGGUGAGGCUGUUUGUGGUGCCGGCCAGCCCCAAGCAGAAGGAGAUUCCCUUCGCCCGAGUCAACCACAACAAGUACAUGGUGACCGAUAAGAUAGCCUACAUUGGUACGUCUAACUGGUCCGGUGACUACUUUGUGAGCACGGCUGGCUCGGCGCUGGUGGUCAACCAGACUGCGUCGGCGUCCCCGGAGCCGACCGUCCAAUCGCAGCUCAGGGCCGUGUUUGAGAGGGACUGGGACUCUGACUACAGCACCCCUAUCCACCAGCACACCAACCACAAAAACCUGUGUUAGUUCCGACAGCCGGUGAACUCCAGAUUCCACCGGCGGACCCUUCUGUACCCACACGGGUUGCAGUGCUGUGUUGGCCCAUUUGUUUUAGUAUUUAAAGUCUCGCGUGUUUUGCACCAGCCUGCUGAGGCGGUUCUUCACACUAAACAUGGAAACUCUUGAGUUGAGCAAUCGGACGACCUCACGGCGAAGAUAGUUGACUUCCAGUGAACCGCAGCUUUAGUGCCGACUCCUACUGGCCCAGAGUAAUGUGCCAUCAAACCAGUAAACGGCCCAGUGCUGCCAGGCGGUCAAAGGGUUGUUCACAGGUGCCUGUUUGUUUCAUUUUUGGCAAUAAUCAUUUUGCAGCUCUUUUGUAUUACAAACUCCACGUGUGUCUGUGAUAAGACGUCCGUAGCAUCGGGCCAACUGGCUCCCAUAAAGCACCAGCGUGUCGAGUGGUCUAUUUAUUGAUCACCUCAUCAACAUCAUCCUCGGUAGGAGUUUUUGUUUUUAAUAUCCCAGCUCACUACAGGGAGUAAUGUUUGUUUUCUUAAUUAAUCCUUUUAGUUUGCCGAAGCACUAUUUAAUGUUCACGCUGGUGAGCUGUGCCUGUGCUGUACAUAAGAUGCAAGCGUUUACAAUUCUACUCUCAGUCUUCAUGACUUUUCCAAUAAACUAAUUUAACAAUAAAUCAGCAGCGUACACAAUAGAUUGAAAGUUUCAUUUCCACUGAGUGAGUGAUUGAAAGAACCAAUUGCUGGAGAGGUGGUUGUUAUGGCAACUGUCUAUGUAUGUGUGUAUAUGUAUAUUAUGUAUAUUAUAUAUGUGUGUGUGUGUACAUGUCUUUAUCAGCUUCCUCUUCAUACAUAAAUCACUCUCAAUAAAUGUGUUUGAAUCAAACCUG